AUGCGGAUCACACACGCUUUCAUGGAAAGAGGUGGUCGAUACCGUCGCUUACUGUCCAUUGGUCUGGCCUGGGUCGCUCUCAUUCUCGUCCUCUUCGUCCUCCUUACUGCAUCCUUGUCCGCGGCCGUCCCGGUCUCUACAACGGCAGAGCGCACUGAAGGAACGGGCAAUGAAGCCCAGUCGCACUUUGACGGAGAGGAGAUCGAUCAUCGCAAACUGCUUCGCAAGCGACAUGAGCAGAUCUCCUCUGGCUCAGUGGCCACUGGCUUUGCCCAUCCAACUCAUCUCUACCGUCGCGACGCCGAUGCUCUUCCACCUCCAGAUAAGGCCUACAAUAUGUCCGUCACUCAAGGUAUCAUCAGUCCAGAUGGCUUCGAGAGGCUCGGCUUUCUCAUGAACGGCAACUUUCCAGCUGAUCCCUUUGUCUGGGACGAAAAUGACGACGUUGAGAUCAACGUCAUCAACAAUGGUCCGGUCCCCUUUGCGAUCCACUGGCAUGGCAUUCACCAGAUCGGUUCCCCAGAGAUGGACGGCGUACCUGGGCUAUCUCAAUGGAAUAUUUAUCCGGGCGAGUCGUACACCUACCGUUUCAAACUGGUCAAUCAGUAUGGCGGAUACUGGUACCACAGCCACGAGCGAGGCUACUAUGCAGAUGGCUUGCGAGGCACUAUCUACAUUCGACCCAAGCCAGGUCGCCAAAAACCUUGGAGCUACAUUAGCACAGACCAGGAUGACAUCGAACAGAUGGAGGCUGCUGAGCAUGACUCUCAGAUCAUGUCGCUCUCCGACCACUGGCACAUCAAUCACACCGAGAUGCUGCUGGUAGUGCACGAGACUGGUGUCCCUCCCGCUUGCUUUGAUUCUCUUCAUAUCAACGGCAGAGGACGACAAUACUGCGUCAACAAUUGGUCCAAGGUGAUUUCGCCAAUUCAGGCUAGCUUGCUCAGGAACUUCAGUUCGACCAACCCGGAAGGCAUCACUUCCAAAGGCUGCAUCUCGCUCGUACCACCAAAAAGUGGCUACACGGUCAAGGGGACGCUCGAUGAACGGUACGGCGGUGUCUGUCAGAACACCACUGCACCUUUGACUGUCUUCAGCGCUGCCAAAGCCAUAAAGAAGGGCCGACGUUGGCUCAACCUACAGGUUGUGGACACCGCAACCAAUUGGUACUAUGGGAUCAGCGUUGACUCGCAUAAGAUGUGGAUUGUCGCUGUCGACGGUCACUAUAUCCAGCCUAUGCAAGUAGACUGGGCGCAGAUCACCAUUGGCAGCCGACUCAGCGUGAUGAUUCAGCUUGACCCCGCUUUGGACGGCAACAUGUUCCCCAUCCGUCUCACGGGCGCUCGUGCACUGCAGCCUAUCGAGGGACAUGCUUUCCUUUCUUAUAUCGACGACGUCGAUGGCACCUGGAAUCCCGGGCAAGAGGAAGACUUCGGGUACCUGAUGCGAACCUUGACAACCGCCCAUGUGCCGAUGAGCGGGUUCGUCUCUGACCCGUCGGUCGUCAAAUGGAAACAGAACUUGAGUGUUCCCUUCGAUCCCAUCAACCAGGUUCCGCAGACAUCCAACAUGACAUUGCAUGCCGUGGCCUCUCAGAACAGCCUUAAUGUGUGGCAGGUUGCGACCAUGCCUCUCGACACUGCUCGCCUGGCAGACGACAGACCUAUCCUCUUCAAUGCCACCGAUGGUAAUGCCACAUUGAACCAAAUGACUCCGUACGCAUCCAUUCCCUUCGGCACUGUGGUGGAUGUCAUCAUGGAGAACAAUAUCUACUCGAUUGUUGGUGGGCCCAACAGCCCGCAUCCCUUCCACAUGCAUUCGCGCCGCUUCUGGAUCAUUGGUAGUGGAGCAGGCCCCUUCCCUGCUGAUACGGUUGCCGAAGCGCAAGGGCAAGGCAUCUUGUUCAACCUUGAGACGCCUCCUCUGCGGGAUGGCUUCGAUAUUGACUCCAAUUCCUGGGUUGUUAUCCGCUAUGUCGCGGACCAUGCGGCGGCCAAUAUCCUUCAUUGUCACAUCGACGAUCACGCCAUAGAGGGCAUGGCAGCCGUGUUGCUCGAGGGUCUCGAGAAGAUCCCAGCUGGCGGAAACUUUAGCGACACGAUCAAGGCGCGACCUAGCAAGUGGGUUGAGACCAAGAACGACGAGCUUGGCCAGGUGCUGGAAGCGUCCUGGGCAACUGGCUCUGCAAAUGCAAAGUACGUGGCUCCUGCGCCGACGGACACAGUGGACCCAUGGGGUGAUCCAAGGUCACUCGCUCAGAGCAUUCAGCUGUACGCCAGCUCGAACAGUGUUCUCAAGGCGAUCACCAGCUCGUUGGUGAGCGAGAUGGGCGAGGUGAAGGCCACCGCGACGGGCGUUGUGACGGCGAUCACAGCCACCGUAUCGGACCAUCUGACGACUUUUACGGGGGUUGCUGCCAGCUCAAGUGUGUUUGCGACGACGACAGCGAGUGUGACGCUGGCCACGGUGACAGAAAAUGCUGUUGCUUCGGCGAGCUCAACUGCCAUUGUCGCAACGGCAACAGAAAGUGCUUCUGCUUCCGUCGCCUCUGCUCAAUCUCUGGCUGCAGUCGCAUCGACGACCACUGCAUUGACGUUGGCGGUGGAGACACUGACCUCGGUGCUUUCUGUCAGCGCUUCUCAGGUGAUCAAUACAGUCGUGUCGGCAACCGACACUUCGGCAGCGGCUGUUGCGACUAGCAACACUGUGACCUCAAUCAACACUGCCCAGUCAACGCUGUUUGCUAUUGCCUUCACGACAGAGGUGGUGACUGCCAGUGCAGCAGAGACUCCCACUGUGAAGUCAUCCGUGGAGACCCCAGCUAUUAUCACCUCGUCUUCGACCGUCUAUGUCACUGUGCUGGCUACUGUGGCGCCAACAUUGUCUUUAUCUUCGCUCGCUGCACAGUCUACAAAGAGCAGUUCAAGCGCGGCGAUCAAGACAACGAAUGCUUCGUCAACGCGCGUCAGUCUAGCAUCACAGACCACAGUUGCUGCAGUCAGUACUGCUUCAUUGGUGAGCCUCCUUCCAUAUACGACCUUGUAUGCUACAGUGCCAGCGAGCACUGCUCUCUUCAGUACCGGCACUUCGACGCUCUUGAAGCUUGAUGGCCAGACAGCAGCGGCGACGACCACGAAGACUGCAACCUCGCCUUCGCUCAGUACGCAGUCAGCUUCUAGAACUGAUGCAGACUCUGGCAUCGAAGACGAUGACGUUGUUACGGAAGAGACAGACAACAUUGGUGCGUCUGCGACUACAUCUCUCUCUAGUCAAUCUAUGUCCAGCAGUGCAAGUUUGAGGGUUGCUUCGGCGAACUUGGUCUUGACCACUUCUGUGGUUGCAGCUGAUUCGACUAGUACGGCGCAAGCUUCAUCGACGGUCGUGAUUGAGCGAGCCGGUACGACCACUAUCGCAUCUCUCAACAGGGCUGCAUCGACACACGUAUCCGCAUCUACCACUUCAGCAAGGGCUGUAUUGACCGAAGUGGCUACCACAUCAGCGACUCAGACUCCCCACACUACCAUCUCCGAGAGCCAAGCCUCGAGAGCUACUUCGCAAUCCACCUCAACUGGAUCCGAAGCUGCUUCUCCCACAGCCAACGCUGCCAACUACGGGACGCAUUCUGCCGCCACCACCUUCCUCGCAUACUCAACAUCUGUUGAAACUUCUGAAGCCGCCUUGACGAGCUCAAGUGCAACUGUCAGCGAGGAUGAGCCUGCUUAUGAUAACCCGGUUUUUCCGUCGUCCACUGGCGCUGUCAGCACCAGCACCACCACCGCUGCAACGAAGCCAACAAACUCCUUCACCAGCAGUGGCACUGGUAAUGAGGGCGAGAGCGGCGGCUAUGACACACAAGCGGACGGAUGA